AACAGUACAAAGGGGAGGGUUUUCCUUCCUUUAAUUAAUAACCUGUGGAAUUCAGAAUUUCAAGGCUGUCCGUAGUAAAACAUCAUCUGUGCAGAGCUCUGCGUCUCUCUCUUUUCCUUCUCUCACAUCUUGCAGACAUUUCAGGCGGGUUUUUUUGUAUAGAUGUGUUAAAAUAAUGGCUGAACAAAUAUCUUCAGACUACUUCAACUGCCCUCUAUGUACGGAGCUACUGAGGGACCCGGUGGCGAUUCCAUGCGGCCACAGCUUCUGCAUGGACUGUAUUAGCGGAUACUGGAAUGAAGCUGACUACACAGGCAUCUACAUAUGCCCUCAGUGUCGGAUCACGUUCACCCAGAGACCCGUCCUGAGGCCAAACGCUACCCUCACCAAAGUUGCCGAGAAGAUCAAGAAGACAGGCUUGAACCUCAAUUUGAUGCCCGCCAGCAAUGGAAGCUACGCCGGCCACGGAGAUGUUCCUUGCGACUUCUGCACUGGUAAAAAACUUAAGGCUGUCAAGUCUUGCCUCAACUGCCUCGCCUCUUACUGCGAAAAACACCUGAAGCCUCACUACGAGUCUGCCACGUUCAAGAGGCACAAACUGGUGGAUGCACUGGGGAACCUGGACCGUAAAAUCUGCCCUCAGCACCAGAAGAGCCUGGAGUUGUUCUGUCGCACGGACCAGAUGUGUGUUUGUGCCAUCUGUACUGUCAGCGAGCACAAAGGGCAUGACAUCGUCUCAGCCGAAGCAGAAAGGAGUGAAAAACAGAAACUUCUUGGAGUAUCACAAGCAGAGAUCAAACAAAAAUGCCAGCAGAGGACCAAAGAACUGGAGGAACUAAAAACAGAUGUGGAUUCUCUGAAAAGUUCUGCACAAAGAGCGAUGGCCGAAAGCAAAAAGAUGUUUGAUGAAAUGAUUACCUCCAUUGAGAGGAUGAGGUCAGAGGUCACCAAACUGAUCAACAUCAAUGAGAAGGCAGCGUUCAGUCAGGCCGAAGGGCUGAUGGAGCGACUGGAGCAGGAGAUUGAUGAACUGAAAAAGAAAGAGACUGGACUGAAACAACUUUAUAGCACUGAGGAUCAUAUCCACUUCUUACAGAAUUUCAAUUAUCUCUGCACCCCAACUGAUGACGGCUUCAUACCCAAAGUGUCUCUGAACCCCGACUUCUCCUUCAGUGCAGCCAGGAAAGCCGUGGCGCAAAUCAAAGAGAGACUGGAAGAGAUGGGCAGAGAGGAACUGCGAAAGAUCUCAAAAUCAGUGAAUGAAGUACCUGUGUACACUGUGGAGAACCGCUCCAAGGAGAAAAGUAUCAGAGUUAAGGAGGUCCUUACAGUGGACAGUGCACCUCCGGCAGAACCCAGAAGCAGAUCUGAAUUUCUAAAAUACUACUGUCAGCUCAGACUAGACCCCCACACAGCACAUAAGGAGCUAUACUUGUCAGAAGGAAACAAGAAGGUGAUCAGAACCCGGGACCUACAGCCAUACUCAGAUGGCCCAGAGCGCUUUGACAGCUUUGCCCAGGUGCUCUGUCGUGACGCCCUGUCAGGUGGCCGCUUCUACUGGGAAAUUGAGUGGAGUGGGGAAUUCUCCAUUGGAGUGGCGUAUAGGGGCAUUAGCCGUAAGGGUAAAGGUUCCCUGUGCUUGCUGGGCUACAACGAUAAAUCUUGGAGCCUCCUUUGCUCUGACACAGGGUACUCUGCCUGGCAUAACAGGGUUGACAAGGCAGUUAGCGGCCCACACUCAUCAAGAAUAGGGGUCUUUCUGGACCAUUCUGCAGGGAUUUUGGCCUUCUAUAGUAUUGGUGAAACAAUGACACGUCUGUAUCGUUUUGAGACCACAUUUGCUGAGCCUGUCUAUGCUGGCUUUGGGGUUGGAACGUCAGUCAAGAUCUGCCAAUUAAAAUGAACACGAAAUGAGAUUUUCAUAAAGAGUCCAACAUUUUUAUUUUAUUCUUUGAUAUUUUGUACUCUGCCUUAUGUGUUUGAUGCAAAUUGUCAGCUGUCAUUUAAUCAACUUUAUUAAGGAUCCGAAGGAAUUAUUGUUUCAGUAAGGAUCCCAUGUUUAUCUGGACGCUUAAAGGAAGAAAAUGAUUCCUCAACAAUGCCACAAUCUGCUUUUUGAAAUUAAUAUAAUCUUUGUGUGUAUUCAAAAGCAAGAGAUGUAAAUGCACUAUUAUUCAACAAUGACCUCUUCAUAUUUCAAUAAAAUUGCAUUGUUGUAUUAAA